UACCGAAACCGAUGCCAAAUAAAAUUCUUCGAGCAUAAAUAAAGAAACACCUGUGAUAAAAACAGUCAGACCUUUUGCACACCUGAAAAUAUUAAGUUCCUUUUUGUACUACUUGUUAUGUUGUUAAUUUAAUUUGUGUUGGUUUAACUUCUUAAGUAAAAUUUAUAAAAAGUUUAAUCAAAUGUUAUGAAAUAACAAAAACAAGGUUGUGCAUGAACUAAUCGCUUCUAAAAUUAGUUCAAACUUGAAGAAACCGUUCAAUUUCUAAAAGAAACUAACAUGUCUGAAACCGAUAAAAAGCAACAAAAAAUCUCUACACUCGAGAAGAGAUUCAAAUACAUCACCUCUCAUGACUUGAAUAAUUUUACAUCUUUCGAUAAAUUUACACAAUGGUUAAAGAGACCAGUAGAUGGAGCUGCUCUUGGAAUAUUUCGUGCCAUGUUUGGUGCAGCUAUGCUAAUCGAUAUAGCAGAAGAACGUGGUGGCAGUCAAAUGGAUUUGAACUUUGGCGAUGAACGAACUUGUCAUUUUCCUUUAUUUGAUUUUAUACAAAAUUUCAGUCUUCCUGUAAUGGGUCUAGUAUAUUUGACCAUGUGGCUUGGAGCACUCGGAAUAGCUUUAGGAUAUAACUUUAGAUUGAGUUGUUUAGCCUUUGUAGUACCCUAUUGGUAUAUAAUGCUUUUGAAUAAGCCAGCUUGGAAUAAUCAUAGUUACUUGUUUGGACUUAGUUCGGUCCUGUUAAUGAUGACUGAUGCAAAUCGAUUUUGGUCCUUCGAUUAUCCUUACGUUAAAGAAAAUAAGACAUCCGUUCCGUAUUGGAAUUAUUUUCUUAUAAAAUUUCAAUUUUUCAUUCUCUACGCUUAUGCGGGCUUGAAGAAAUUCUCCCCAGAAUGGUUAGCGGGGUAUGCUAUGUCAAACUUAGGAAAUCACUGGGUUUUUGCUCCGUUUAGAACUGUUCUAUCAGUGGAAAUGACUGAUUUGCUGAUAAUACAUUGGUUUACGGCCAUCUUCGAUUUUUCAAUUCCCUUCUUGAUGACUUUCCACGGAACUCGAAAGUUCGCUACACCUUUUAUGCUGUCAUUUCAUUUGAUGAAUACAAGGCUGUUUUCAAUUGGAAUGUUUCCAUGGGUUUGCUUAGCUGAGGUCCCGCUGUUUUUCGAUGUUAGUUGGCCUAGGAAAAUAUCAGAACAGAUACUAGGAGUUAAACAGAAGAAAACAAAGUCAGAAAUAGAAGAUUCUCAAGACUUGAAAUGUAGUAAUCGAGAAGAUGAAAAACCUGACUUGACUAAAAACCUAAAAGUUAAACCACCGUUAGACUCAAAAAACUCUCCGGCAGUGGUAACAUGGAAUGAUAAAAUCCGUACAGCUGUAAUUUUAAUGUACUGCUGUAUUCAACUAUUUCUUCCAUUUUCACAUUUCAUCACUAAAGGCUACAACAACUGGACUAAUGGGCUCUAUGGCUACUCUUGGGACAUGAUGGUUCAUUCGUACGACACAAUCCUAACAUCGGUUAAGGUCGUAGAUAAUAAAAAUGGUAACAUUCACUACUUGGAACCAUUUGCCUUCACUCACUAUGACCGCUGGACCAAGUCAGCAGAUAUGGCAAAACAAUAUGCCAAAUGCAUUCAUCGAAAUAUAGUUCGAGAAAUUUCGAAAAAUCCCAAAAACAAGCUAAUAUCUUCAUCGAAUAUUUCGAUAUAUUUUGAUAUUUGGUGUUCGAUGAAUGGACGUUUUCAACAGCGAACUUUUAAUCCCAACGUCGAUAUACUACAAGCACAUUGGUCACCAUUUGAACAGACGACUUGGUCAUUGCCGCUUAUAAAUGAGUUAAAUCAUAUGCGACCAAAGUUAAAAGCUAUCGCUGAUGAUGUUCUUUCUUGGAGUAAUUAUUCAGAUGUGGUAUUUGUUGCAGAUUUUCCCAAUCUUACUUUGGAUAAUUUCUUAUCAGCUGAUUUGGGGAACAUUACGCUUACCGUCAUUGAAGGUAGUGUGAUAUAUAAGAAUGACAGCAAAGAGUAUAUAUUAAGUUCUGGACAGAGUAUGUCAUUGACGGCAGGUGAAGCUCAUCAAGUGACCACAACUAGUAAAGGUCCAUCGUGUUAUCAAUAUACUUAUGUCAAUACUACUAUGGAAAGACUUAAAGAAACUAUAGAUGAUGGAAGUUUGCAAAAAAAUGAUGGCCUUCUUCCACUUUGGACGGAAUUUUUACAAAGAAUCUCUAAUUACAAAAUAUUUGUGCGACAUAUUUUGAAUUCUUUAAUGUUUAUUGUGUAUAAAGUGCCUAUGGAAAUUCAUGCUAGGGGAAAUUAAAGUUGUUCGUGUUUUAUUUGUUCAAUAUUGAAGA